UCCCCCUCCCACUCCCUCCCCAACAUCCCCCUUCUUAACCCCCACCCUUCUCUCCCACCCCGGCGCUGUGGCUGCGAGGAAAAGUGUCUUCAUGAACCCCAAGGAUGUCCGGGAAGCACUACAAGGGCCCUGAAGUCAGUUGUUGCAUCAAGUACUUCAUCUUCGGUUUCAAUGUCAUAUUUUGGUUCCUCGGCAUAGCAUUUCUUGGAAUUGGAUUAUGGGCAUGGAAUGAAAAAGGAGUGCUGUCCAACAUCUCCUCCAUCACUGACUUGGGAGGCUUUGAUCCAGUCUGGCUGUUUCUCGUAGUUGGAGGAGUCAUGUUCAUUUUGGGGUUCGCAGGGUGCAUUGGAGCUCUGCGUGAGAACACCUUUCUGCUCAAGUUUUUCUCAGUAUUCUUGGGAAUCAUCUUUUUCCUGGAACUGACUGCUGGUGUUCUGGCAUUUGUUUUCAAAGACUGGAUCAAAGACCAGCUGUAUUUCUUUAUCAACAAUAACAUCCGAGCAUACAGAGAUGACAUUGAUCUGCAAAACCUCAUAGAUUUUACACAAGAAUAUUGGCAAUGCUGCGGGGCGUUUGGCGCAGACGACUGGAACCUCAACAUCUAUUUCAACUGCACUGACUCCAAUGCCAGUCGAGAGCGCUGUGGGGUGCCCUUUUCGUGCUGCACUAAAGAUCCUGCUGAAGACGUCAUUAAUACUCAGUGCGGCUAUGAUGCCAGGCAAAAACCAGAAGUCGACCAGCAGAUGGUUAUUUAUACAAAAGGCUGUGUUCCACAAUUCGAGAAAUGGCUGCAGGACAACCUCACUAUAGUUGCAGGCAUAUUCAUUGGAAUUGCAUUGCUGCAGAUAUUUGGGAUCUGCUUAGCUCAGAACCUGGUUAGCGAUAUAGAAGCUGUCAGAGCCAGCUGGUAAACUCACUGAUGUGAACAGUGCAAGACACUGGACAACUUUUGACUCCUGGAAAGCUCCAGCAUGUUAUGUGGACGCCCAGCUAUAUGGAAAUGGUUGAUGGAGAAAUAUCAAGUUCUCAAAUAGCUGGAACAGCAUCAGGCCCUUGUUUUCUCUAGAGGGGACAUCUCCUAACACCUGCUUACUGAUACAAGCUUUUAAACACUCCAGUUUGAACUGUUUCAAGCUGUGAAUCUCUACUGUAUCCUUGACUGGGUAGCUGAUGGAUGUUCCUGUUUGUGUGUGCAGUAGAUGAGCUGUGCUAGUUGGAACCCUCCGUCACAGCACAGUUUAGUAGAUGCACCGUCUAUUCCGUUUCACAAACUUGUUGGUUGCUGCCAGACGUGAGGCCAUUUCUCUCUCUGUUGCACACUGACGGCAUGGUGUGUUUUUCAACAGACAAAGAGACCUGGCGCUCCUGGAAGAAAACCCAUCAAAUAGAAAACCACUUGGAUGCUUUACUUACUGGCAAGAAGUAAUCCCUCUUCCACGGGACAUUCAAGAUCUGCUCUUUAAUGCCCUCUGUUGGGAACCAUUGACUUUAUUUCUCAGCCUCUUUCUUGCUACCUUAUUUCACAAAGAGUGGUGAUGAUGAAAAUGGAAUUUGCCAUCCCAAUAAGCAGAUAAAAGGGAGAACCUGUGGCUGUGAUCCUUCUUGGCUACUUCUAACAGUUAGUAACAUGAAAUUCAAGCAGAGGUGUGAAACGCCAAGGCUUCACACUGACUAAAGAGAAUGAAGAAGUAUGGUGAAGGUGAAAAGGAAAAAAUAGUGUACCAAAUUUGGGAUAAAAUUGUGAAUUCUAUGGAAAUAAAUAUGUUUGGAACAGUUUUUGGAUUCGACAUGGGUGGAUGCCCCCUCAAAAGCUACGUGCUUCUUCCAUUUCCUUUCAUUUUCUGCAUGUGGUUGUUAAAAUACUUUGGAAUCUAUUCAAUGUGAAUUGUUCUUAGUAUCUGUUCUGAAUAAGCUUCUAAAUGCCAGUUUGCUAAUUUAUUAGUGUAAAAGUGAAUGGCCUGGUAGACAAUUUGGCAUUUUUAAAUUUUGCAGCUAGAGUUUCUUCAUUGGCUUCAUUUCUGUUCAGUUAUUCCUGACAGUUGCUUGAGUCUUCCCUCCUUCCCUCUCCCCUUUUCCUUAAAUUAGUAGUACAUUAUUUACAUUAUUUAAAUAGAUCACAAAGGCUUUUAAGAAGUGUGAGGUAACCUUUAGAUUUUAUAUUUUUGGAGCAGAAAAAUUUGGAAGAAGUGCAAGUAUAGUGCUCCACCUGGAACCGUAAAAGUUUGUUGCUUCUUGUUGUUGCAAGUAUGAUUCAUUGCAAUUUGUGGGUGUUACUUCUGGUGAAUGUGUCAGGGUCUGGGAAUAGGUGUGUAUAUUUGAUUUAUAUUUAAGUAGCAAUGAAUAAUGCAAAGUUGAUGGUGCCUUCCGUGAAAUAAUUGAAUUUAACUUUUCUUUGCAAGAAGCUAGAGUUGGGCUUAAUCCUGUUACAUUUGGAGAUGCGAGAAUCCAUUAAUUUCUUUUCAGUGCAUGGCAAGGAAGAUUAAUGUCUUAAGAUGGAGUACAGCCUGGAGGAAUAUAUUUCCAGAUACCAGUCUGCAUAAGGAUUUAGGAACCCUAAUUUGAUAAAGAAAGCCGAAGCAAAAUCAUGAUAAACUGCUUCUUCAUAAAAGCUAUUCUUUUAUUUCUGCUGAAGGUUAUGGUCCAAAUUAAUGUCUUCUCCAAAGGUGCCCCCUGCCACCUUGCAGGCCGCCAUGGCUGAAAUUUGGUGGCAUAGCUACCACCAAAAACACAACAAAACAGAACACCUCCCCAAAUCAGUGGCAGGCAGCUGAUUUUUGCAAAGUUGUUUAGUUGUUUUUUGGCAGAUCUCGGCAGUGUGGGAGAUAAGUAAGAGGCCGAGGAGGAAAAUAUGUGUGCUACAUAUGUUGCCUCUUCUGAUUUGGGAACUUGAUGGUGCAUAGGGAACAAAUCCUUUUGCCUGGCAGUGGCAGGAUACACUAACAAAUCCAAGAUGCUGGCCUGCUGCGUGCAGCACUGGGUAUGCUAAAGAAACCUUCCUUGCUGAUGCGGAUGCUAGUGCAGGUAUCUUUCUGCUUGGACCUCUGCAGCUUUGUUAUGACUGACUCUGGCCUUGUUUUGCCUCUCACCAUCGUGUUGCUUUCCCCAUUGCCAGGCAUGAGUUUCUGCAAGCGCUGGUGCAUGUUAUCACUGUAUUGUGACUUCCUUGUCAUAAUGAUGAAGCUGUCUUGCUAAUGGGCCACCAGUAUGAGGCUAGCUGUAUUUGGGGGGUUCUGAUAAUCGACUAGGUGGGCAGCAUCCAGAGGAGCUGUCUUACUGGUUUCAGAGAAGAGUACAGGAGAUAAAAUAGCAACCUUCUCUAAAACCUUUGAACUUGUGUCACGUGCAUGCAUAAUGGGUGUGUUUCUCAGGAUCCUGCAGGAAAUUGAGAACAACCGAGGGCACAAUUCUGUGCAUGUUUAGGCAGAGUAAAGUCCUACAGCGCCCGGUAUGCCCCAGCCAGCCAUGCUGGAACUUGUAAGCCCUUUCUUCCUGUCUAAAUAUUCAUAGGACUGCACUGUAAAUGUGUUUUUCUUUAAAAUAAAGCUCAUCAUUACAUUUCUUCUGUUCUAUAUCACUCUUGCAAAUGGAUGAAUAAUCACAAUUCCUUUAGUUGUUUGAGACGUAUAGCCUUGUUAACACCCCGUAUAAAGUGUUCUGGUCUCAUAGGGUUCAGGAGUCCCACACUUGCCUCUGAAAUUGAGCCCUUUGGAAGAAGUUUCCAGCGAGCUCUCUUUUGGCAAAUUCUACUCUUAACAAUGAGUGUUCACUAUCUGGUGUAGGCUUCGAAGAACAUCCCUGUUUGGUUUACAUGAUGAUGGACCCUGUCUGAUUUAAGAUGCAUCAAAUUAUGAACAGAGGCAAUUUCAUAGAUCAUGUGUGACUUUAAAAACCAAGCAUCUGCCAGGUACCUGAUCAUGGAGGGUGACAUCGGAAUGUUGGGAUGCAGUCUCUUUAAGUCUUUUAAACUGUCUACAAAUUAAUUCCUGGAGCCGUAUUUGAUUUCCGUAUUAGUUUUAGAAGCCACAAGAGCAUGUAUGUUAAAGUGAAGCAUGUCUGCAAGAGCAAACCUCAACUAACGUAUUGAGUAUCAGUUAGCUUUUGUACGUUGUUUCUCAGAUCAAAGUGUCUUUAUUAUAGAGGAAGACCAGCUGACUUCCACCAUGAUCAGGUGCAAAAUAAUGAAAAAUGUGGAAGAGGGAGCGUGUGUGUAAGGUGGGGCACAUGCAAACCAUGCACUCCAUUUCAGGGUGUCCAGCAGAUUAACUUCCUUCCUAAAUGGUAGCUGUCACCUUGCUUUCUUCACCACUUUUUCACUUCUGAGAGGGUUUGAAUCUAGUGUGGACAGCAUUUUGAGAUAUCCCUCUAAGGAAUAUGAGCCUGCAACUGGCCAGCCAUCUGGUUUAAUUUGGGGUUCUGCACUGAGCAGGUGGUUGGACUGGAUGGCCUUCUGGCCCCUUCCAACUCUUACUGUUCUAUGAUUCUAAAACAUCCCAGAACUGUGCAUCUUUCAAGUCCCAGUGCUUGGAUGUGACUCUGACACAAGGAGUGGCUGGACCUUCCCAGUCAGCCCUCCAAGUUGUGCCAUGUGUCUGCUUUGAACCGGACGGUUAGGAUCAGUAGGGUGCAAUCCUGUGGCCUUCUAGUGUUGUCUGGGAGAGCAUAGGAUUGUCCAGAAGCUGAGCACCAAGCAUCUGUGCUGCCUCCUUGCAGCCAGUAUGGAAAGAAAAGUGUGGGCUGCUCCCCAGGUUUCAACAUCAAUUUGGUGGGCAGGGAGAGGAGGAGACUGGGGCCAUGGAAUUGGGCCGAUUCCACUUGGUAUUUCAGCCUCUUCCCCUUCUUCCUUCUCUUUUUCUUCCUAGUGCUAAAUCUAGCUGUCUGAAAAUGGUCAUCUACAUAAAAUGCGGUGCAUAAAAUGCCACCUCUACACCUCACCCCUUGCACUGGAUGCUUGUAAGCAUCUGAAUUUGCUGGGUGGGGGUGGAGUGAUAGGAUUGCAUCCUUAGAAACUAAUGUUCCCAGCCUUGUUGCAUGUUCUUUCUUUGCUUAUCUCGUUGGACCACUUCUCUUUUUGGGUAAGAAAUGAGUCUGAAAUAGGCAACUGCAAAGGAUGCCCCCCACCUUGCCUUCUAAGAAUGGAAGAUACAGGAAGUUUGUUGCUUGGUGUGUGACCCAGGACUGCCUGCUUAACCAAGUAUGCACCAAUGUUGGACUGUGUGUUGUCUGCUAGCUAGCUUAGAGCGUUGAAUUCAGAGCCUGCUCAUCUGUAUUUGCUGGAUGGAUGCUCAACAGUUGCAAAGAGAUAGUACCAAUUCCAAGAACCACUUUUCAGAGUCCUUCGAGUUGUAGGUCAGUGUUUGUAUUUUUCCCCCCACUAUGCACUUGCUUCGUGGACCAGUGAAUUAAUCUGGGCAGAGGCAUAUCGAACUCUGUAUUGUGUUGUUGUUGCUUUAAACUUUCACUUCAGUAAUUGCAGCAUCUAGAAAUACUGAAUUCUGUGUUGAGUGAUCCCUUUUGGUCCUCCCUCGCUUUUUUGUGUUGAUGCACCUCCUGCUUUUGGUGCUUAGUCCUCUUUUCUUUCAGCCAGAUGCUAAUUUUGUUGGAACCUUGCCUUUCUUAGGUUCCAUCUGGUGUGUAAAUAUUCUUUUAAAUGUAAAUAAUAGCAUGCAAAUGAACUGCUCCAUGCACAGGAUUGUGCUUCAUCUUACGUGUGUAUUUAUACAAAAAAGGAUGUAUGAAAUUAGUUUGGCUGCCCAUUUUAAAACUUAAGCUUCCUAUAGUUGUCUGUUCUUGGAAUGCUUUGAUAGUCCCCCAUCUAGUGUCUGCUUGACAGAAUUGCAGCUUGACAAACUGCCCACAAACUUUAUUUAAGAGCUACUUUGCAUUUCUUGCUUUUACUACCCACUUUGUGCAUCGAUAAUAUUGUUAGUUGCUAUAGUUGCUACAGGGGCAUCAUCUCCUACUGUUUUGUCCUACUAAUAAACUGAUAUUUUCAUUGGUUGUACUUACCAAAGACAGCAGAAGGAAAUCCUUGAGGUCUGCUCUCCUGCAAUGCCUGCCUGGUCAGAACGCUAAGCACAGUCCAUCAAAUACCUGCAUGGACCUGAGCAUGUCCACAUGCACCAUGCUCUAGCCAUGCUUCCAAAGCAUCAUUAGAGGGAGCCUCCAGAGAUGCAUUUCUGCCACUUAGCGCUGUACUAGGAAGGGUUUCCUAGUACAUUGGGGUGGAAGUGUGCCUGUGGGACUGCCACUGCUUUGUUUUUACAGCUUCUGAACCUUUUCAUGCUGCUGUUAAACAUGCAGGAAUUAAGUUAUCAAACAUCUUGUAAAAACAGCGGGGGACUACAUACCUUGCUUUGGCCAACGGUGAGGCCAGUGCCAAGGGCAGGGGGCUUUUAUGCCAGCUCUUCUUGGGUCAGACAUGGUUUUGAGGGCAGGUUGUACAGAGUGCAUUCAGUCCUUGAAAGGAGCCAUGCUCCUGAUGCAGCCUGAUUCUGUAGGAGCAUCUCAUCUUAUACCUUGUAUAUACAACUUAUCUUGAACAUGUGCUAUUACUUUUCAACAGUUUAAUGCCAACUCUUGAUGCUUCCAGACUACCUGUGGUUCUCAGCCUUUCUUAAAGUAUAAUCAGAAAAAAACCUACCCAUCUGUAUUUUCAUCUUUCCACUUAGGGUUAUUUCAACACAUUACUCCUUAAAGUCUGUGUUCCAGGAUGGACCUGAUGACUUGCACAGAGGCCACCAGCAUGUCCUCCACAGAGCAUGGUGCUGGACCCGGUGGCCUUAUUGACCCCUUCCAGCUCUGUGUCUGGGGGAAAUAUGUUUGUUGGGUGCAAAUGUUGCAUGGGCUUUUUCGAGACCAGAUGUUUCAGGGUAGAUUUAUGGCCCGGACAGAUUUCCUUCAGGCUCCUGCUUGUAGCUUUCCUGGACAAUCCAUUGUGAUAAACAUUUUGUGUGUGUGGCUUUGCAGAAAUGGUCCCCACAACAUGUGGAGGAGAACAAGCUUCUGGGCUUCACAGAAAGGGUGAUGUGGUGGGCAAUACCUGAAUAGUAUUGGUAUUGUGUUGCAUCAGGAGUCCCCCCCCCCCCCCGCCCCAGCAGUAUAUGAAACUUUCUCUAGGCGGUCGAGGGAUUCAUGAUGCCUUCUCCUAAUCCUCAGUCCCUCUUCUAAGAUUUUGCUCAGGCGGAAGAUGAUGUUCCUGCAGUGGAUGAACAGGUACAAUUGCCUCACUCAUGAAUACCCAUAAGUCCAAAAAGCAGAAAUGCACAAUCUUCGUUCCUAUUUCAACUUCAGUGUGUUCCAUACCAAAAAGUUAAAUUGACUCGGGUGGAAGGGGACACCUAUGAUUUUUGGAAUGGGUAAGCACUGAACCUGGCCUCUUCCUUCUGCAGCCGUGCUUCCUUGCCUAGUGCCUCUCCUUUGUACAUGAUGUUGUCGUCAUAGAGGAAGAGAAGCCGUGCACUUCGGGAGUUAAUAGGUUACCCAAGGAUUGCUUGACCUGUGAGAAAUUUACAGUUGUUUGAGCUGCACGGUGCAUUGGACCAGCAACUGUAGAGCAGUUGUGGGGUGGAGAGCGUGUAUGUAAGCUCUUGUUAAUUUAAGCAUCUAAUAAAGCUCAGUAUCAUCCAUACUGAAACAGGGUAGAUGAUACUUCAAAGUAUGAAUGAUGGUAAAAGAAGCUAUACCUGUAAGGGCUCCGUCCUUUGGCCAUCUGGCAUUGUGUGGGGAACACGAGAUAAUUUGGGGGCCCAAUUCCAGAGUUCUGCCUGCAGAACUGGUGCCCCAUCCAAGCUGCAUCUCCAAGGUCAUAAACUUGGACAGGGCUAAAAAGGCUUGCUGGGUUUGUGGGGAGGGGAGGCUGGGGCUGACAGCUUACACUGUAUCCAAAUGUCUCCCUAGCCACCUUUCUGCCCUCUCUGUGGCACUUCGUCCAGAUCAGGUGUCCUCAGACUUUUCCACCACGGGGCCAGUUGAAAGGUGCCGGUGCCGGGCAUGGGCCGCAACAGUGGUGCCGGCAGCGCGCACGGGCCGGAGCGAGGGCGACGCGUGUGGGGCGCGAGGCGAGGUGGGGCGAGCUGGGGGCGGGUGCACGAGGCAGCGGCUUGCUUGCUUGGAGAUCGUUUUCUCUGAGAGCAAACCGCUGCCUCCCCCUGCGUGGGGCGAGGUGGCUGGCGGUGGGUGUGUGCGUGGGCACGGACGCUCACGCGGCGGGUCCAAAUUGGCGUGGCGGGCCGGAGAAAUGGGCGUGGCGGACCAGAUCCGGCCCCUGGGCCGUCGUUUGAGGACCUAUGAUCUAGAUGGUCAAAAACGGCUGUUGAGAUGAAGCACAGGACACAAGGUGUGGAGCUGUGGAGGUGCCUGAUGCCACUGCCCCUUGGGUGCAUGUCAGUCUGUUUGGAGGCUUGCAUCUAGGGCAGGGGUCUCAAACGCAACUUACCGGGGGGGUCGCUGGGAGUAGAG